UUUCAGUUUCGAAAAAUGAAAAAAAGUUCGUCCUCAUUUUAUCUAUAUUAAACGAAUAAUUGCGCACAUAGGCUGUUUUUAAAUCGAUUUGAGUAUUAAAAAUAGCUAUGAUGGAUAAAGAAAAGCAGAAAUAUUUGAUCCAAUUGAUUGACUUAUUUCUUGGGGAGUGUAAAGAUGAUGAUGUCAUGGAAUGGUACGCUGAGGCAAAGGCAGUUGCUAAGCAGUAUAUUUAUUCAGAGGGGCUUCACGGAACCAAAAUAGAGUCUCCAAUCCAGCAGCUCUUUGUACUACUUCGAAGUUGUCUACUUGCACAUAGAUGGGAAGAUGCAGCAAAAGUUUUGAAAACAAUGUCCAAAUACCCUGAAGGCACAAGUACUGCUUUAUGGAGGGGAGGCAUGGAAGUGUACUAUCACAGCUCAUGCCAGGGAAAAGAUGACACAAUAAGACAACUAGUCAAGCAUCUCAAGGGACUGAUUGAUCUUAGUGGGAAAGAGGUUAUACUAGAGUAUGUUAUGUUUUUGCUGAGUCAGCAUAAUAUAGAAGAAGCACAACGAGCUAUGGAGGAUCUUCCGAAAGAGAUGCGCAAGACACCAACAGAACACUCAAGACAUGUCAAGAGUCUUUGGCAAGGCUACCAGGGGUUACUAGUCUACAUAUCUUGGUUGCAGGCCAAACAACGCUUACAGAGGGCACGAGACCAGGACCUUCCUGAGCUCAUUGAAGAACGAGAGGAGCAGAUGACUCUGCUAGCCACAAAGGCUGUCCGAUAUUUCCAACAAAUCACAAAUACACAUGGAGUUUGGGAUAUAUUUGUCACCAAACAUGCUGAGUUGCUUGAAUAUCAUGAGACUGAAGGUGCAACUAAACUAUUGGAGGAUUAUCGUGAAAGAAACAUGGAUAACCCAAAUGCUCAUAGAUAUCUCUAUAACAACUUGAAAACUCGUGGUGCCUCACUUGAAGACAGAAUUUCAUGCCUAGAGAAACUGGUUCAUCUUGUGCCAUCUGAUGACCAUGUUCUGGAGUAUCACAAUCUGCUGGAGCAACAAGGAAGUCCUUUGGCAGAAAGGCUGUACUUGCUGUUUGACUUUGUUGACUAUGACUGCUGGAGAAACCACUCAGAAGCAUGGAGGACAUUGGCGGACCAACUAACUGGCGCUUUCGAAAGGAAUUACGAAGCAGAAAUGAGGGCUGUGAAAGAAUGCUGGGAAAUACGGGAAUCCUGGUGGCCAUUGUACCAGUUCAAAACUCCACAACGACGUAUUGACUCAGCAACACCUUUAAGAGAGGAUGACUCCACAAUGGAUUGGAUUGGACUCCAAGUUAGCAAGACAGUGGUUGCAGUUCUCCUAACUGGAACUGGAUGUGGCCUCUAUCAAUAUGUGAAGAUGCUGUCCCUCGAUUCAAGCCAGGUUGACGAGCUUUCCCAGGCUGCAACACUAUAUAAACAAUACAACAGUGUCAUGGAUGUAACUUGAGAUUACAUAUAUUACACUAUGGAAACCAAAGUGUGCAAACUAGAAGGGACACACCUAUCAGCUGUGUACCAAUGCAACAAGAAGUUUGGAGUAAAUGUUGUUAAGGAGAACAAGAUUGGACUGAAAUACAAGAUGUCCCUUGGUCAUCUGAGGACUAAUAUGCCGGAUCAGAAUAUUCCCGGUCCGUACAUAUGG